AAGACAACACACAAUAAAACAUAACUCUAUUCUAGUUUUCCCGCUACUUCACUUUCAUUUUAUCAAUCUUCUCGAAAAAGAAAAACACAAAAUCGAAACCCCAAAAUUUCAGAGCCUCUGCUUUAAGGUUUAGCUCAUAUUUGUAACUAUGGUGGAAGUAAAAAAGGAGAAAGAAGAGUAUUAUUAUGAAGAUUUAAUUGAAGAGGAUAGAUCAUCUGCUUCACCUUCUUCAUUUUCAAGCAGCAGUUUUGAUACUAUUACAACAUCACCUUCUCUUCAAGGAAGGGUAACCGGUCCGACUCUCUGGUCCAUGAAAGGAGGGUGGACUAAAGAAGAGGAUAAUCUUUUGAUUGAAGCUGUGAAAAAAUGCAAUGGAAGGAAUUGGAAGGGAAUAGCUGAAUUUCUCCCUGGAAGAACAGAUAUCCUGUGCUUGCAUCGAUGGCAAAAGGUCUUGAAUCCCGGAAUCUCGAAAGGACCUUGGACAAAAGAGGAGGAUGAUUGUAUUACUCGGUUGGUUAAAAAAUUCGGUUGUCGGAGAUGGUCUGUUAUUGCGAAGUUUGUGGGAGGUCGCAUAGGCAAGCAAUGCCGAGAAAGGUGGUACAAUCAUUUGGAUCCAACCAUAAGAAAAGAUUCAUGGGGAGAAGAAGAGGAGGCCAUUCUUACAUAUUAUCACCAAAUUUAUGGGAAUAAGUGGAGUAAAUUAGCUGAGCUUCUACCUGGAAGGACCAAUAAUGCAAUAAAGAAUCACUGGAACUGUACCUUAAAGAAGAAGCUUGGUUUGCACUCGCCUCGUCGAUAUGCCAAGGGCAUCGAAAAAGGGUCUUCUGAUUUUCAUGAUCGGGAAACUAUGCCGAAAGGCAUGAAGGUCAAAGACUUCAGACAGGGUCUUGAUGAAACAAAAUUUGUCAAUCAGAAUGUUACUGUGGAUUAUAGUGCUGAAACAUGUAAUUUGGAUUUGGUUCUUGGAAUUGCUGGUCCACCAGAAAUCAAACUAGGAGCAGACCCCGGUAAUGUAGGAAAGUACAGGUCUCCAGGAGUGUCGUAUGAUCAGAUGCCCGUGCAUUUCAAUGAGAAGGGUACAAUCGAUGAUUCAAUCGUUGGAUCUGUAACAAGGUAUGAUAAGCACACUAAGGUACAUGAACCUCAACCAGCCUUAUUCAGGAUAGUUUCUCAGGGUGGUUGUGCUCUUCUUGCUUCAACAUCAGUCGGUUCUCCAUCAAGUUCCUUAGCUUUCAACCCGGAAAGCAAAAUCCGGAGAACAAAUACAGCAUACUCAAGUGACUGCUCGUUGCAUAACGAGCCAGCUCAGCGAGAAGGUUCGAUAAGUACUGUAUUUCCCGUUGUGGAAAAUGGAGAUAUCCGUUUUAAAAGUUCAUUUUGCCAUGCUUCACCACCUAACAAACUCAUUGGAAGCCUCUCUCCUAACAGUAGGAGUCUAGAAUCUAUAUUGAGGAUAUCUGCAAUGACCUUCAAGAACACUCCUUCUAUCAUUAGGAAGAGAAGUUACAAAAAGGGUUGGAACGAUAACAUCUCGGAAUUCGCCGCCUCCUAUCCUGUAAGGACUUUUUCGUGUUUUCAUAUGGAAGAAAUGUGAGUUCUGGACAGGGGUAUGUGCUUGACAUCACCAUAUCUAUGCAUUGAAAACCAGUACCCUGGUGUGUCAAAGUAUAUUACCACAUAUGUCUAGGGAUAUUUGGAAUGAUAUCCUGUUCAGAAAAUCAACUCUGUCAUUAUAUAUACAUAAGUUAUAUAUGAGCACGGGCAUUAUAUAUACAUAAACUAUAUAUAAACACCCACACUCACAAACUAUCAGAUUCAAGCAAUGAAGUUUGAUGUUUAUUUUUA